AUGAUGCGUCCGCGAGCAGAAUUUAUAUGUGUAUCGCGGCUGCGGAUCUCCAUCUCGCUGUCAUGGCGAAAGAUCGCACAAUUAUUAACCGAAAAUGUGCAUUGGGACCGCAAAAGACCCACUAAUUCUCAUACAGUCACUGCAGCAAGCCAGAGAAGACAUGUCGGUCAUGGAAUAGUUAUGCCUUGCCGAAUGAUGUCGUCCGUUUUAGGCGAGCUCUUCCGAGAUUCGCGAAACUUUGACGCGAAUUUGAUUAAAUGCCCUAAAUUUGCAAUGGAGACCCAGGCCUGCGAAGGCGUCCAAGACACCACGUCAGCUCUGGCAUUCCGAAUCAAGACGGCCGCCACACUGGCGACCUCAAUUCCACGCUCUAUUCCACUCCUCACGAGAUCCACGAUUACUUCUGCGCGCUGGAUUCGCGCUCGCAUAACCACGAUUGAUUCAACGCCUCUCCACUUCUUCACUACACGUUGCACAAGGAAGUGGCUCCACGACACUUCGUCCCGGAGAUCUAAAAAGCCAGCAAUCUGGAAACCUAACGAGAUAGACCAGAAGUCUAAAAAUACACUGCAGAGGCUACAAUCCCUUCUUCAGUCCGAGCCGGAAACGCCAAGGACUGAAACAUUAUCGCAGAGUUCAUCUACGGCUAGAUGGAACAAGCAGAGUGAACUUGCGGAAUUGAAUGAUAUUCUAUCGGACGAGGAGGAACAAGAUCACCUAGUGACAGAACAAUUUGUGGAUCAUGCUCUGCCACUAAUAACCCACAUACAGCCCAGGACCAUCAAAGUACCCGAAUCACCGGUUGUUCGUUGGAAAAGGCGAGGGGGCGCUUAUUUUGAACGAUAUCAUAAGACUGUUGAAAGGAGCGAGUCGAUCUGUGAUCCAAGUACAAUUGCCUUCCUCAAAGACCACGUGAAGAAACUUCAGAUUCCUGCAAGGAUUGCGAAGGCCCCCGAACUUCCAUUUGCCGGGAUAAUGCAUUCUUUCGUGCAAGUCAUCACGACGCCCACGGCGGAUACACCAGGCACGACGCUCCUCUUGCACUUUGCGAAAAAGCGCUACAUAAUUGGCAGCUUAGCUGAGGGCACGCAACGCGCGGCAGUGCAAUUUGGGGCCAGACUGCUCAAGGUCCAGGACUUUUUCGUCACUGGACGCACAGAAUGGAGGAAUGUUGGGGGUACGAUUGGCAUGAUUCUCACAUUGGCUGAUUCCCUCGCCUCUAGCCAACAUAGCGCACUAGAGGAGACCAUGAAGAAGUUGCGGGCGAAAGCGAAACGUGAAGGCUACGCGGAUGAUGUUGGCAAGAUGCGGCGGCUCGAGGGGGAAGUGAAGAAGAAACAUUCUGGCAGAAUCAACUUCUUUGGACCUCCGAACAUGAACUACAUGCUUGCCACCACCCGCCGUUUCGUGUUUCGAAGAGGCAUGCCGGUGGAUAUUCACGAAAUACGCAGUCCACAAACCUCGGGCUCGGUGGAAGACCGGAACGACGAAUGGGCGCCUACCUGGAUGGAUGAGAAUAUCAAGGUCUGGGCCAUGGCCAAUCUACCCUCAAAUGCAUCCACCCGAAGAGCCAAUUCUUCUGUCAGCCCUCGCAAGCGAAGCCUCGAGGAAGCCUUUGCUGCCGAGACAACACCGAAUGUCGAUAAGGAAAUGGGGAAUCUCAAUGACAUUGUUGAGGACAUGACUGCUGAAGAUCGCAACUAUCUAACAGUAAAGGCCGUUGUUGGGGAAAUGUUUGACUCCGCCUGGCGUCUAGACACUUUGCAUGAGACACUCUUGUCUGCAGUCAAGUUGCCCGCUACUAUUUUCGUACGGGAUGCUACGACUCAUAAAAUCGUGCGAUAUUCUGGACCACUUCCUGAUGGGAAAACUACGCUUCCAGACCCUGACCUUAAAGUCCUAGUGCGCCGACCCUGGCCUGGUGCCCUUGUCGAAAGCUUACCUCCUGCAACGCCUGCCAAAGAAUCUGUCAGCUAUAUUAUUCGCUGCCAAUUCCAACGAGGAAAGUUUAAUGCCAAGCGAGCCAAGGAGUUGGGUUUGCAGUCAGGCCCAAAUUUCCGUAAGCUGACCCAGGGCGAGAGUGUUGUGAACGACGCAGGAGAAACGAUCACUCCAGAGAUGGUACUUUCUGCUGGUAAGGAGGGCGGAGGCGUUGCAGUCAUCGACAUUCCUCAUGUGGACUACAUCGAGGGUACGCUUGGCCGACCUGAGUGGCACGAGCCUAAGGUUAUGGCUGGAGUGGGUGGGAUGUUCUGGAUGUGUGGCCCAGACGUUGCUAAGCAUCCUCGAAUCCAUACGUUCAUGCAGCAGUUCAAGCAUCUGGAGCAUAGUGUGGCAUCGCCCGAUUAUUGUCCUAACAACAUUGCUCUGGAGGGCACCGCUUCAUCAACUGUGAUGCUAAGGAAGCUCGAUCCUGAUCGGUACAGCAUUCCGGUCCAUGAUGGUACAACACCUGACGGAACUUUGCUUCGAGGCGCAACUGAAAAUGCUGUGAUCACCGCCCAAAAUCAUCCUCUGCCCGAGGGAGUGCAUAUCGCUGCCCGAGGUCACACUCUUGACCUUGAACCAAGUAUCAAAUAUGAUUCUAGCAAUGCUGCGCCCGCCUUCGUCGUUGCCGAUGCAGAAGCUGAGGUCCCGGAUGACGCAAUAGCAGAGGCAGACAAGGCUCGGGCAGCCAUCGCCUCUGUCGAUGAGAAAAUGGAAGCAUGGAUCAACAGUCUCCCUCCUGGUAGCAAGGACGUUGAGAUCAUCACUCUGGGUACUGGUUCUGCGCUGCCGUCCAAAUAUCGAAAUGUCUCCGCGACUUUGGUGCUGGUACCAAACUGGGGAAACAUCCUAUUCGACUGCGGCGAGAACACACUAGGGCAAAUGAAGCGUGUCUUCACCGAGACCGAAUUGAAGCAAGUGCUGCGCGAUUUGAAGAUUCUCAGCAUCAGCCACAUGCACGCGGAUCAUCACCUUGGCACGGCGGCCGUAAUCAAGGCUUGGUAUCAAGAAGUACACGGCGGACAGCCUGGGCCAACACAAGCACCCACCGAGACCACCUCUAAGAUCGACAUCGAUAAGCUCUUCCGCGACGAUCGACGCUUGGCCGUCGUUUCCGAGACUGCCAUGCAGGCAUGGCUCUACGAAUACAGCUGUAUCGAAGAUUACGGCUAUUCUCGAAUCGCGCCUAUAGUGUUGACUCCUACGAGAAAGUAUUUUGACGGCGACGGUCCAGGAACCAGACCGCCCCUUCACUGGUUCACUCUUUCGUCGGCUCUUGAUAGCUUGAGCGAAAAGGCUCGCGUGGCCCGAUUAUCCGCGACUCGAGUUCCACUCUCCCUUCUCAAUCUCACUAAUCUGGAGGCCGCACAGGUCGUGCAUUGCCAUGGCGCCCGCGCGGUCAGCAUCACCUUGCCUUCUGGUUUCAAAAUUAGCUUCUCGGGCGAUUGUCGACCUUCGCGGGACUUUGCGAGAAUCGGUCGGGGCAGCACCGUCUGCAUCCACGAGGCGACCUUCGACGAUGAGUUGAAGGGCGACGCCCUGGCCAAGAAACACAGCACUACCUCGGAGGCGCUGCACAUUGCGGAGAGUAUGAACGCUCGCGCUUGCGUUUUGACGCACUUCAGUCAGCGAUACCAGAAGGUUCCCAUUCUAGAAAGGGGCGAGGGCGAGGAACUGGAUCCGAAUACUGCGUCGACCGCUCCCCCCGCUGUGGAUGGGGAUGACGUGGAUAUGUCCCGCCCCGCCGAUGCUAUUGACGAUGCGCCGGAUGCAGAAGCGCUUUAUGAGGGCGCCCCCGAAGAGGACAUGACCUAUGCCGAUCAGAAGGGCUCUGCGGGAGCAGAUAGCGUCGGCCAGCAGUACGACCUUGAAGAUGCGAAGAAGCCCAAACUAGCCCGUGAAGGCUCGAACCCGGGCGAACCGGUCAAGCUGCGUCUGAAAUCGGACAUGAAAGUCUGCGUCGCGUUCGAUUACAUGCGCGUCAAAGUCGGCGACAUCGGGCACAUGGAGAAAUUUACGCCGGCACUGGUCAAGCUGUUUGAGGCCGCGGAGGCAGAGGACUCGGUGUUACUGUUCGAAGCGGAUGAGGCGGAUGAGACGGGCAUCGACGGUACAGGGAAUCAACAACAAGACAAGAAACAGGAUCGAAAGAAGAAAGGCGGACGGAGGAAUAACUAGAUGAAUUCCCAGCAAGCAAUGAGCGUGUUCUUCAAUCCCGUAAAUGAGUUUGUGCGCCGAGACUCCAUUCCUGUAUUCAAUGAAAUAUCGGUGUCAGUGUGGAGCAUCAAGCUACACGUGAUGUCAUACACGGGCAUAUAUGCGUUUUGAUAAUGUGAUUUUUUGGAGACGCCGCAAUUACAUAUGCAAGCCCAUAGGGCUGAUGCAGGCAAUCGUGGCAGGGACUUUCUUCUUGUUGGAAUUCCCUAAAAACCUGAUAUCAUACGAGGAAUAGCCAGUGAAGAUCGGCCACGCCGAGCCGUCAGGUCACUGUAAGAAAACACCGACACCAUCCCGUCCAUGCU